AUGGAUGCAGAGGAGAUUGAAAGUGAUCUGGAACUGGUAGCAAAGAAAAACUCUACAUCUGUCAUAUGGCGAUAUUUUGGAUUUCGGGUUACUGACACUGAGCAGAGAGAGGUAUUGUGCAAGAUUUGUAAAAUCAAAGUUGCUACAUCACGUGGCAACACGACAAAUUUAUAUCAGCACCUGAAACAGCACAGAGAAAAAUAUGAUGAAUGUAUGAUGGUGAAAGCCCAACUUAGUAAAGAGACAACUGAAGGAAACAGGGCACAAGCUGUUCCCCGAACAAAACAAAACACAAUUACGAAUGUGUUUGCGAGCAUCAUGCCAUACGAUAAGUCUUCGCCUAGACAUAAAGAAAUCACCGACUCCAUAACGGAGUGUUUGGCAAAAGACAUGAUGCCCAUACACACCGUUAGUAAAGCGGGAUUUCAGAAAAUGAUCCGCACACUGGACAAGAGGUACCAGCUGCCCUCUCGAAACUAUUUCUCUCAAAUAGCGAUCCCUAAACAUUAUAACUCGCGCCGUGAAGAAGUUCAAAAGGAAAUGGCUUCGGUGACGUUCUUUUCAACCACUACGGACCUGUGGUCAAGCAGGACAAGUGAACCGUAUAUUAGCUUGACUGUGCACUUUGUCGACGAGGAGUUUGAAUUGAAAAGCCGCUGCCUGCAAACAUCGUAUUUCCCCGAAGACCACACAGGAGAAACCAUAGCCUUGGGCUUGAGAGAGGCACUUGCUGCGUGGGACCUCUGUGAGGAGUGUCAGGUUGCCAUAACAACAGACAACGGCACUAACAUUGUCAAAGCGGUGGAGCUUAAUCAGUGGACUAGAAUCCAGUGUUUUGGGCAUAGACUUCAUUUGGCCAUUGAAAAUGCUCUGAAAAAGAAAUCACAAUGCAUUAGCAGAGCUACUGGGAUAUGCAGGAAGAUUGUAGGCCACUUCUCCCAUAGUUGGAAAAAAAGAGUGGCCUUGAAGGAAGCACAACGAGAACUCAACCUCCCAGAGCAUGCCAUGGACCUGGAGGUCUUAGAAUCUGUGAACAAGGCACUCAGCCCGCUCCAGGACUUUACGGAUGCCUUAUCUGGUGAACGUUAUGUGAGCAUAUCUUGUGUGAAACCUGCUCUGCAUCUUCUGAACACCUCAGUGUUGGCUGAAGACGAAGCAGAUACUGACCUGACCAAAUCACUGAAAUCAAAUAUUCUUAGCUACCUCAACAACAAAUAUGAAGACAUGCAGGACUUGCUAAACUUUACCACUUUCCUAGACCCAAGGUUCCUAACACAAUACAUUUCUGAAGAAGAGACCCAGACCUUAAAGGAACGAGCCAUCACUGAGUUGAUAGAAAUUCACGGCCAGCAGUCUGUAGCCCAAAGCACUGCAGUGAUGGAGAAUGAUAGCAGGGAUGUAGAAAGUCCACCUGCUGCUAAAGCCAAGAAGAAAACCCUGGCCAGUUUCUUUAAGGAAACCACAUGCACAGCAUCAAGAGCACCAUUGUCAUCCACAUUUGAUUCCAUGUCACAGUUAGGAGAAGCAGUGGCCUCUGAACUCAGUGUUUAUUUUUACAUGCCAUGUGUAGACCAUGGAGAAGAUCCACUAAAAUGUGGAAGUUACACAAAGUAA